ACCCAUACCUGAGCAGAAAGGCAAACGCAGCACAUUAAUGACUGUAAUCCAACUCUUUUCUGCAUUCCUGGAUGGGUUUUCAUGCAGUGGAUAUCUGAUGAGUGGAGUUUGGAAUUCUGGAGCCACUUUUUUUCAGGCUAAACCCAGCGUUACGCUACUUUAUUUUGCACGGAUUUACCGUUAAAUCGCUUUUAUAUAAAGUGAAUGUGUAGUUUUAGAAGGACCAGAUAACCUCGGUAUCUAUUUUUUAAACACCUGAAAACAUGGAAUAUUUUAAUGGUUUGACCUGGAAUUGGGAGUCUUCGAAAUACAUGGCCAUGUAACCCAAAGGAAAUGGCCUGAUGCGGCAGACGCCACAGCUGACAUGUCCUGCCAGUAAUCCCAUAGUUUCCACCCUGGCUCAUCUGGAAAUCUGUGAGUAGAGUUAGUCCAGUUUCUCUCUUUCAGAGAUGGAUUUGGGGCUGUCGGCCCACACUGGCCCCUGUGCCAGCUCUCACUCUUUGAAGCGUCCCAGUGUGUGUCGGUGAGAGACCCCCAGCAGGCCCAGGAUGCCAGGAUGCCCCUCACUCAGGACAACGCCCUCAGCAUCCUCCCACUGCUGGAGAACUGGCAGGGGGCUCAGAACACUCGACCACAGCAGGACUGCAACCUGAACCAAGACAAUUCUAGCUACAAGGGGGACCAGGACUGCCAGAAUGUGGAGGGGGACAGUGUGUGCAGCAGCAGCAGUGUUAACAGUGUUAACGUGGAGGACAUGCCCCUGUGUCUGGCUGCCAUUCAGAAGCUGGUUGAGUACAUUAAGUUCAACUUCAUGGAGAGUGACACAGCUCCGACCCCCAGCCCCCCCUCCUGCAGGGAGGGGCUAGACAUCGAGGUCCGGGCCGUGGCCUUCAGUAAAGAUGAGUUUGACAGUGCUGAGUUUGGCCUCAGCUUUGGAAACAUCCCUAUCUUUGGGGACCCUGGUGGAAGGAAGAAGGGGGGCCCGAGGAGGAGGAGGGACCAGGGCCCCAUCAUGGAUGUGGGCUGCAUCUGGGUGACAGAGGUGAGGAAGAGGAGCCCAGCCGCCCGCUGUGGGGGGAUCAAGCUCAGAGACGAACUGCUGUCACUGAACGGGCAGCUGAUGGUGGGAGUAGACGUCAGUGGAGCCAGUUACCUGGCGGAGCAGUGCUGGAAUGGAGGCUGUAUCUACCUGAUUAUGCUGAGGCGAGUUAAGCGAAAGGCCCCCCCCCCUCCCUGUAAUGGCAGCAUCAGUACUGUGAGCAGUGACAGUUGUGAGGACCAGCAGCAGGCCGGGGGGGCCCCGGAGCCCCCUGAGGGCCCCGCCAACUGCAAACGCACACGCAAGUUUGGAGUCAUAUCGAGAUCGUCCUUCAGGGGCAGCACGGACUCAGACCUGCAGAGCUGUUACAACGGCUCCUCGGCCCCCCCUGAUGCAGGGCUCAGUCCUCCAGGAGAGGACUCAGGGUGCAUCCCCCCCCCCCACACACCCACAGAGGAAAGCCCUGACAUCAGAAGUGUUCCUCAGCGGCUCCAUAGAGGCACGGCCACGCUGCCGGCACGCUGUCACAGUCAGCUGUUAGAAUACAAGAUGGACUCCUUCAGCAGCGAGCCGUCAGGCCAGCCCAGAGAGGGCAGCCACAUCUGGAAGAUGCAUAUGGUGAAGGGGGAGGAGGGCCUCGGCAUACAGAUCACAGGGGGGCGGGGCUCCAAGCGCUCCCCUCAUGGCAUCAUCAUCGCCCGCGUGGAGAAGGCGGGUGCCAUUCACAGGGACGGGCGUCUUCAUGCUGGUGAUGAGCUGCUGAUGAUUAACGGUCAGUCUCUGGUGGGGCUCACUCAUCAGGAGGCUGUCGGCAUCCUCCGCUCCACGUCUGGUCUGGUGCAGCUGGUGGUGGCUAGCAGGGAGGAGGCAGAUGUGGGUUUUGAGCGCUUCCCCUCCACCAGUCUGCCGGACCUGGUCAGCACCUGCAGUUCCCUGUCCUGCCCCCCCCAGACUGCCCCCCCUCUCUCCCCCCAGACCUCCAACUGCAGCACCGACCCCUACCUGACUAACAUGGAGAAGGUAGAAGGACAAAGUGAGACAGAGGCCCCCAGAGGGUCCUGCUGGAGCCCCACAACCACCAAGAUCUGCAGUCGAGCCCAGGGGGGGGGCACUCGUCUGGAGUCGGUGGGGGAGGAUGACGAGCUGCUGGUGGAGAACGGGGUGAGCAGCUGUGAGGUGGUGGAGAAGCCUCCACCUGGACGACGAAAACACUCCUUACCUCAACAACUAGAUAGUGCUGGAGUGAGACAGGAAUAUCAGAUCAUUAAGAAAUCAGCCCGCUCGCUGAGCACCAUUCAAGUGGAGUCUCCAUGGCGACUGGCCCAGCCGUCCAUUAUCUCCAGCAUAGUACUGAUGAAAGGCCAGGGCAAGGGCCUGGGCUUCAGUAUAGUCGGAGGGCAGGACUCAGCACGAGGUCAGAUGGGAAUAUUUGUCAAAACCAUCUUUCCUCAUGGAGCUGCAGCAGCUGACGGCCGACUGAAAGAGGGAGACGAGGUUCUGGAGGUGAAUGGAGAGUCUCUGCAAGGACUCACUCACCAGCAGGCCAUCCAGACCUUCAAGCAGCUGAAGAGGGGCGUGGUGACCCUGACCAUCCGGACCCGCCUGCGCAGUCCCAGCCUGACGCCGUGCCCCACCCCCACCCUGCUCAGCCGCUCCAGCUCACCCAACUCCACCUCCAACACCAGCGGGGGGGGCACUCCGAUCCCCCCGGCGUUUGAAGAGGCUGAGGGCCACAGGGGCCCUGGGCCUGGACCCAAAGACUGUAUCAUCAUGGAGGUCACUCUUAAUAAAGAGCCUGCUGUUGGUCUCGGGAUUGGAGUUUGCUGUCUGACCCUGGAGAACUCUUCUCCUGGCAUCUACAUCCACAAUCUGGCUCUGGGUUCUGUGGCCAAGAUGGACAGCAGGCUCAGCCGUGGAGAUCAGAUCCUGGAGGUGGACUCGGUCAGUCUGCGGCACGCUGCUCUCAGCGAGGCCUACGCCAUCCUCAGUGAGUGUGGCCCCGGACCUGUCAGUCUCAUCAUCAGCAGGCACCCCAACCCCAAGGUAUCAGAGCAGGAGAUGGAUCAGAUGAUAGCCCGAUCCACAAACAGGGACAAAAUGAAAAAGAGACCCUCAUCUCAGUCUCAAGGUCCUUCCUGUAAGAGCCCCAGCCCCACGCUGAAGGGGGACGGCUCCCCGGCCCUCAGCUGGACCAUGAAGAGGUUCCUGGAGCCUGCCAGCAGACAGGGCUCUCUCAGCUCAGAGACAGAGUUAUCUCAGUACUUCUCCCAGGACGGCUCCAGCCACUCCUUCCUGUCUGAGUCCGUGCUGACGGCCUCCAACAGUGAGGAGGCGCUCCACCAGCCGAGCUGCAGCACCUCCCUGGAGGACAACUCUUCACGGCCUCAUGAAGUGGAGAGUGUGUACCCCGCCCCCCCAGAGAAGCCCCCUGCUCCUCUGAACCACCAUGUGGAGGGUGUGUGUCAGCCCAUCUCUGUCUCCAGCCCCUCCUCAGUGCGAAGCCCACUCCUCCGUCAGCGGCGGGUCAUGUGCUUUGAGGAUGUGCUCAGUGAUGAAGAGGACUCCAUCACCACGAGGAGCACCGCGCUCCUCCACAGGAAAACUACAUCUGUUCCCUUCAGUGAAGCCGAGGCAUCUGACAUCUCCAAAUGCCAUUCAGCAGUUUUGAUUGCUGCAUCAUCGUUGGAUAUAAAUGGAAAUAGUGAGGAUGAUGGGGGUCUGCAGAGGUGUGGAAGCCUUGAGGUGACCACUCCUCUCUGUGGCAGUGUCUCACAGUGUGAGGAAGCUCUCACCAAUAAGUCGGAGUGUCCUGGUCCCGAGUCACCCCUCAUGCUUAUCCGCAAAGCAGGGGGGUCAAUCUGUACGCUUAGUAAUUUGACCAUCAGUAGUGAGAACUACACAAACCCAGACGAUGUGCAGCUGGAGUCAAAGCGCUCCCCCAAGCUCGAGCAUAAAGCCAUCACACGAGUCAAGAGUAUGAUGAGCAUCGAAGCACCCAGCCCGCCCCAGCAGCAGAGGUCUAAAGCUGAUGAGCCCCCCCCAGGCAUAGCACCCGCCCAGUCCCCUUCCUCUGCCCCACUGGGGGUCAGAAACCCCAAGACUGCUGGUGGGCUGGUCCCCCAUCAGCACUGUAAGAAGGGAGAUGCCGGCGAGCUGGUGGGUGUUUGUACCAUCCACACGGUCAGCCUGAGGAGGAGCGAGGACGAGUCCUUCGGUCUGGACCUGGAGAUCAUGUCCUCCCCUCUGAAGGUUCUUAUUGCUGGGCUGAAGCCUGGGGGGGCCGCGGAGAGGGAAUCUACAGGCAAGCUGUGUCCUGGAGAUGAGAUUGUCACAUUUGGAGAGAAACUGGUGCGCUCCUCCACUUACGAGGAACUCUGUGAGCUCAUGCACAACCUUCCAGUUACCCUGUCUUUGGAAAUUAAGAGACCGGUUUCAGCUGUAGAUCGCCUUUCCAGUUUGAUGAUGUCAUCAGGGAGCAGUGAUGGAGGCCCGACUCUGUACCCAGCCAGAUGUGUUCAGAGAACAUCUGACGAAGGACAAGCAUUAAGUGAACAUUCAGGGAAUUCCAACCACACAGCCCAAACUGACCAUGACGUUCAAAUACCCAUCACCAAUAUCGAUGACAUUUUAUCAGAAGUGAGCCCCCGCAGUGAUACACACAACAAAUUCCCUGACAUAACAUCACCUGAUGAGCCUGUAUCCUGCUGUUCAGGCCCACAGACAGUCACCCUGUCACAGGAAGCCAUCAUUCAGCUCCCAACACAGUCUAGCCCCCAGGACUGUUGCAUCUUAGAAGCAGGAAGUGGACAAGGUGCCAUGCCUCCUGUGGAGACAACACAUGAGAACCACAUAUCUCACCUGGAACCACCUGAGGCUGGUUCUAAGUGUAUGUACCCCACAGGAGAUGACAGUGAUUCGUCCACCACUGACGACAGUGUAAUGGUCAGUAAGAUGGCCGACAGUAGUGGGAGUCUUCUGGAGCCCUCCUCAGAUGAGGAAGAAGUGGAGUUGUUUUCAUUCAAUGCCCAGCAACCUGCUACUGAUGGACUCUGUAAUGUAAGCCUGUCACCAAAGGGGUUUUCAACUUCUCAGCAUGCCAGCUGUCCAAAUACAAACCUGGAUCAGACCCUUGAUGUGCCGCAGGGCUCUGCUGAUGUCUCUCUGACAGACAAAGACAACUCAGGCCAGUCCUCACAGCUCUCUCAGCUGUUAGGGGCCUCCUCUACACAGCCACCAUGCCAACCAUUCAACAGUACUCCUACAGAGUGCCAUAUCAGAAGUGCCACUGAACCUUGUGACAAAGUUCAAGCAGGUGUGGCAUCCAGUCCUGGGACACUCAGCACUUACAGCAGCCCCCCCCCAGCAGAUAACCACAGUGUCAUUCAGGGAACCGUCGAACACUUGCAUCCAGAUGCCUUGCUGACCUCGGUUUUAUUUAAACAUUUAAAUACACAAACACCACAUUUACCUUCAAUUGAAUUGGAGACCUCAGGUUUAUGCAGAUCAAAUAAAACUGUGCCAGCAUCAAUGACAAACAAAGAAAAGCAGUUUGAGUGUAAAACAUACCCUCAUGCUAUGUCUGUACUUAAGAACACCUCUGGGCUUAAAGGCUUUGAUAGUUCAGACCCCCCCGUGUGCAGUAGUAACUUUAAAACUCAAAUCAGAGCAAGCACUAGUGCUCCCAAAUUGAAAGGCCUUAGUAUUAAGAGCAAAAUCAAACCACAGGAGGAGCCUCUACAAAAAACUACCAAGAGUGAAAGUCCAGCUCCCUUAAAGCACUCAUCAAAAUUACAACCAGCAACAUCCAUAUCCAGCUCUUUAAAGACAUAUACCCAGUCUGAUAUAUACAGCUGCCAUGAUUUCCCCAAAGUGACAGCUGGGUCUUCAGGUAGCUCACUGCACUCUGAAGAGCUGGCUAAAGAGAAGGACAUCCAUUCAGGCUCCAAAGCACCCAUCCAAACACCCCCCCCUGCCACUCAGAGAACGUUUAUUGAAGUUCGACUGUCCCCCAUAUCUGGUUCAUCAGCACCAGUUGUAGCAGACCAUGAAACAGUGACCCCAGAAGACUCUCAACGCUCUCCAGGACACAGAGAUGCCAGAUCAGCAGCCAUGCUUCCUCCUGCCAACUCCACAGUAGACAAAACAAGCGGCAUGGUCAGUGACACAGUGUUGAAUUCACUUUGUUCUACUAAAGAAACAUGUAAUGGAUCAAAACCUGUUGCUAUAGGGGAGUUGAGUGAGAGCUUAAAGUCAUCCAGACUGUCCAUAAAGACGCCAGAGAGGCGAAGUCUCUCCACAGAGGCUGCCAUGUCUGCAGACUUCAACCCCUUCUCUGUCCGACAUAAGAUAAAGUCCUUUGAAAACCUGGCUAACUUUGACAGGCCGGCGGCUAAAAGCACUGACAUUCAGUCCUACGCUCUGGCAUAUAGAGCCUCUCUUAACCAAAGGAUUGCUGGUUAUAUGGGCGUGGUUAAUUCUAUUGACUGCCGGGCUCGGCAAAGGAGUUUAAGUCCUUACGUGGAGAAUCUUAUUCCUACCACACCCUUCUCACCUUUUCUUGGUAAAUCUCCAUCUAAUAUUACAUUAAUAAAUAUUGAGCUUCCAUAUUCGAGCCGUAACACAGCCUCCCUGUCAGAAGACAGCCCUGAGGCUCGAGUUCAAGAUAGGGCUGCUCCACACACUCCUCAGGUUCUGCGCAGGAAACACGGCAAGCUGCCCCGCAGCAGGGUGCGGCAGCUCAGGGCUCUCAGUAUGCCCGAACUGGAAAAACUGAGCACAGAGGACUUUACCAGAGGCCAUGGUGAAGACGGAGAUACACUUGAGCCUGGCAGCUAUCCCAAUAUGCCUACGAAAGCAACCGAGAGCUCUCCACCUGCUGCAACCCUGACAGAAGCAGAGGUGACCGGGGGGAGCAGGACUGAUCCGGGAUCCCAUGAAGAGACCCCUGGAGCAGGCACAGAGACACAGCCGCCCAGCUGGUCCAUCAGUUUAAAGGAGCUGUCCUCGUCUCCUGAGCGUCGGUGUAAGCUGCAGAGCCUGCUGCCCCCCCCCCCGCUCAGAUCAUACGUGUCGGCCCUGCUGCAGGAGGCUGAGGGGCUCCCCCAGGUCCAUGAUAACACUCACCUGGUGGUCCUGAGUAAGGAGGAGGGCUCGGGGCUGGGUUUCAGUAUCGCUGGUGGAGUGGACCUGGAGCAGAAGGCCAUUACAGUUCAUCGGGUCUUCACUAAAGGCACAGCGAGCCUCGAAGGCACCAUCCAGAGAGGGGACAGCAUUUUAUCCAUUAAUGGCAUUAGUCUGGGGGGUAAGACCCACGGAGAGACUGUGUCCUGCCUUCAUCAAGCCAGACUGUCCAUGCAAGCCUUAGUGGUCAUUUGGAGAGAUGAGGACGGUGAGCUGAGCUCUGACACCCCGGAGCAGUCCACCAGAAACGGGAGCGGGGGGGCCGGAGCAGUGGUGGAUGUGGGUCCAGGCGGGGCUUUAACGGUGGAGCUUCACAAGACCUCCGCUGGCCUGGGCUUCAGUCUGGAGGGGGGGAAGUCCUCCAGUCAGGGAGACAGGCCUCUGCUGGUCAAACGCGUCUUUAAAGGAGGCGCUGCAGAGCUGUCCGGAGUGAUCCAGGUCGGAGAUGAAGUGGUGUCCAUCAACGGCUGCUCUCUGGAGGGCCUUAUGCACCACGAUGCCUGGAGAAUCAUCAAAGCCACUGAAGAGGGGCCCAACCUCCUCCUCUUCCGCAGGCCCAGCACCAGACCAUAAUGAACGGGGAAAAGAAAGCACUGUGAAGCAGCCCUCUGAAACACAAGCAGGACAUGUGAGACAUGUCCUGAUGGACUUCAUUGACAUUUUGUGUUCUGUCUUGUUAUUUGUGUUUGUGCUUAGAAGUAGGUCAAAUUGCUGAAUUAUGAAUUUUUCAGAUGAAGUGCAGGUUGUUUACAAUAGAUUUACUUUGAAGCACUAAAGAAAACUGUUUUUAAAUAAAGUCUGUUUGUGAAAACA